GGCGCUUACAUAAGCGCUUGACGCGACGCGUUCAUGCGAGGCGGUUUCUGUUUCUUUCCUCUCAAUUCGGACAAAAUGACAUCCGUCUUUCAGACGAACAUUGGCCGGCAGGCUACUGCCCCGACCACAUCUUACCAACAAUCUUACCAGCAAUCUCAAGCCUACGCUGCACAGCAUCGGCCAACCAUUACGGACGACUAUGAAAGGUGGUACACCGAGAAUGUACCAAGCAAUAGGAUGCUUCUGUCCCUUCGGUCAGGGAUCGACAGCGAAAUCUCAUGGGCUUUGGAUCGGUUAUGCCGACUAUGUAAUAACGAGCAAUUCGUUUUAGCUGCAAUCCCGGGACUCACGGAUGCUCUUUUCGUAUGGCCGGACUGGUUCGUGGGCACUGGUGCAGAGGAGUGUGCAAAGAAGGCGUCGUUGUUCGCAUUGCCGAAGACGUUAGAAAAACAUAGGCGGCAUGCACUAGAAGCGAUGUUCAUCCUCAAGAACUCGGCCGUAAAUGACGCAAAUGCAGUAGAACUUGCCACCCAUCCUCGGACACGUUCUCUUAUUCUUCUGGCCCUGCACAGAAUGAAGCCCGACUCCGAUGCUAAUACGGAAUUCUUGACCUAUAUCGUGGAGCUGCUGCAACAAAUAUCGGGGACUCUCGUUCUCCCUCCGCCGGAUUCACCCCUUCUCGCGAACCCCGUACCGCCUUUACAAACACUUGCAGCAACAGCAUCCGACCGCAGCCUGAUCAUCUCUUCACUUCGCACCCUAAUGCUUCAAAUGGCGAACCCAGCAAACAUUGCGCAUUUGACACCCGACACUCCCGCACUCUCUGCAGCCAUCAGGUAUCUUCCCUUAUUAUCGGAUAAACUGCUAGUGGAAACAUGUUUGAACUAUCUUUAUACACACUUGUCGCAUCCGCCUAUGACAAAAGCAUUCUUGCUCCACCCUGAACUUGCCUCCACCUUGAAACUGCUCGUCAUUAUAAUGUUAUCUGAGCAAGUCGAGGAGACCAUCUCCAUCAACAUUGCUGGUCCUGUACAUACCGCCCCGGCUGUCGCUGAAACCAGCAAAGAUUACGAGCUAAGUCAGGAAGAACUGGAGAGACUUUUGCCAAUACCUGAGCCACAGCGCUGUUAUGAAUGGAUGAAAAUAAUGUUCGAUGCGCGACCUGAUGGCGAGCUGACACAGGUCGAAGUUUGGAAUGCAUACCGGGAAGCAUUCUACUUUCACAAAGAACGUUACCCGGUUCUCGCGGCCUCGGAUGUCAUCAAAAACGUUAAUGCAGUGUUCGAUCAAGCUCAUGCCAUGGUCCUUCCCGGCCCACCGCAGAGAUUCAUUGUACGCGGUGUUGAACGCCGUAAAGUGCGGUCAGACGCAGAUAAAUUCAAAUGUCGUUGGGACCGUUCUGAAUGUACAACGGAGACGUUCGCCUCUGCUGGCGAGCUAUACGAACAUGUCUUGGCCGCACAUAUUGAUGCGCAUCCGGAUCCGGAACUACCAUGUACCUGGUCCUCGUGCACUCAUCCCCCUCUUCCGAAGAGUCACUUGCGCGGACACGUCCUAACGCAUUUGCCAAGCUCUCAACCAGCCCCGUUGCAACCUGGACAACAAGACAGGAUCACUCUACCCUCAGAAGGCUUUCCGAAUCCAAUAUCGAACCCUACAAGUCGGCCUGUACCUCCCGUCCGCGAUGCUACCAUCACGUACAAACAACCCUCUGUGGAUCCUCCCUCGAACGCCCUCACCGCGUUACUCUGUAUUCGAGUCCUGUUUCGCGUAGCUUUUGCGUCAGCUGAGGCAGCACCACGAGCGGACGACGAUCAUUUCGGAUUCCCCGGUAUUAUUGAGGAUACAGGAGAGGAUGAAGAGUUGACGAACGGAGCGUCUGACAGCGAGAAACGAGGGGAACGACGGGGAAGAAAGGCCUUCACUGGAGUCAGGCACCUCCUGGAAGGCGUCCGGAUACGAGAUGAGACCCUCAUGGAGUGGAUCACGGAGAUGGUAGAUGCUGGCCUGGAUGGAACUACGUGAUGUCAACUCUAAUGGGCCUGACGCCCGGAAUGCAUCUCAAGGAGCUUGCAGAUAUUCUGGUUCUACCCUAGAGGCAAACUCAAGCACCUCAUACUUCGAUUAUGCCAACAGAAACGCUAUCAUGUUCGCAGUUCGGAACUGGAAAUCAUGUCUACUGCUGGUCGCCACGAGUCGGACGAUCCCGGACGAUACAUCUCGGUCUUCCUGCUGUUGCGCGUCUUGAAGGAUGUUGUGCUCGUCUUGAGAUUCCCCGGCUUGGCGUGGGUAUCAUUCACAGGUGGUACAUGAUGAUGAUCUUCGUUCAACCUUGUUCAGUAUAUCUGCUUAUCGUUCUCUAGAACAACGAUAUCGCCUAAGUAUCACCAACUUUGCUGGCAACAACGGAGGAAUCUGAGAUAGAUGAAGUGUUGAAGAUAAGAGGUUUCUGUACCUUGCACAUAAUAUUGUAAAUAAUCUGCUCUGCAUAAAACUUGUGACGUUCGGUGUGGAUUAUCGAUGACGUCGAGCGGUUAGGUUUCACGCUUUAAAGCUUUAACCUUUACAGU